UGUUGAGUACAUAACAAUGUGAUUGUACACUUUUUGGUUACUUGUAUAAAUUCGAGAUAUUGUACAUAAUUUUUGUUUAAAACGCUUCUUGUUGAAAUAUACAUAACUUCCGUGUACAAUUGAAAAAUACACUCUGCUGUUGGAGACUUCGUCUUCUCCCUGGUCACUUCUGCUUACUUGCUCCACUCACACCGUGUUGUAUACUUCGGAUUUAUUGUAGGAGCCUACUACUCUCAACCGAAGACAUUUCUACAACCGGAACACAGCAGCUACAGCAGACGCAGUCCAAACAGUUAACGUGCCUGUGGAUUAUAUAAUUAAUUUGUAGCCGAGGACUUACACUUUAUAACCAAGUAAUCCUUUUUGUUGCUAUAACUCGUCACUGUAUUUUUGGUAAUAUAUUGUGAUUUAACACUCCACUGACUUGGAUUAUUACUUUUAUACUUGGAAUGUUAGUGAACUCUAAUAUUAGUCCCCUACAAAUUAAUUGGUGAGCCCGAUAAGAACACGGAUUAUUUUGGCAUAUUUAUAUUCUUAUUUUUGCUAUUUUGUAUAUUCAUUGUGAUUUUGUGUGUGGUUUAUAUUUGUAUCCUAAUUUGCACCAAUAACCUCAUAUUUAUAAUGUCAUCACCUCAGUCCGGUACAUCAAACGAGCAGACAACUAAUAGCGAGACAAAUGCCACAAUAAAUGCCAUCACUGAUUUUCGUUUACCCCAAUACGGUUUCGCAGAACCAAGGAUUUGGUUUGCGGUAAUUGAACCGUUGCUAGAAGCACGGGGCAUUAAGUCCCAAAUAGCCAAAUAUGGUAUGGUGCUGGCAGAACUCCCUCCGUCAGUAUUGACAGAAAUCAGCGAUUUCAUCGAAGAUCCUCCGACGGAACAUCAAUUUGAUAAACUUAAAGCCCUCCUCAUACAACGUACCAGUUUGUCGGAUGAGAAAAGAAUCCAACAAUUGCUCACAGGCUGUGAACUAGGCCCACGUAAACCAUCCCAGCUGCUCAGGCACAUGCGCCAGUUAAUCGGACAUCAUAAAGUAGACGAGGUAGUGCUGAAACAGAUGUGGUUGCAACGUUUACCUAGAAAUGUCCAGCAAAUUUUAAUCAUCUCAGGAAAGUCGUAUGACUUAGACCAACUAAGUGACAUGGCAGAUAGUAUUAUGGAUGUUUUAUCCGAUAACACCAUAAGUCACGUAGCAUCUGAUAGUGCCACACCGUGUCAUUCCACACCCACGGCAGACACACCGAUACUCGCCGCCAUUGCAGACUUAGCGGCAAGGAUUGACAAUUUGGAAACUAAUAGGUCUGAUCGACAAGUCCGGAGGCGGAGCUCACAAAGAAGGUCACCAUCACGACGACGAUCCUUCUCACGACAGCGUUCUUACACGUCUUCUCGGGAUAGCAAUAUAUGCUGGUAUCACUGGAAGUUUGGACGUCAUGCCCUGAAAUGUGUAAAACCGUGCAGCUUUAGCGAAGCCAACCAGGCUCAGGGAAACGCCUCAGCCAGACAGUGAUGGCGACAGCUGUUACUGGCAAGCAAACAAGUCGCCUCUUCUAUGUGAAGGAUAAAACUUCAGACACUUUAUUCCUGGUAGACACGGGAGCAGAAGUUAGCGUAAUCCCUCCUUCACUAUCCAGGCGAUCUACACGGACACCCGGAAAACUGUCUCUCCGGGCAGCUAACCACACAAGCAUACAGACGUAUGGAGAGCAAUCCCUCAUACUGGAUCUAGGUUUACGUCGGCGUUUCACAUGGAUUUUCAUAGUAGCCGACGUCAGUCACGCCAUCCUCGGAGCAGAUUUCUUGAGUAAUUUCAACCUGUUAGUUGACGUCAACAAUAAAAAACUGAUUGAUAACAACACCCAUCUAAAGAUCCAUGGAAUUAUCUCCAGCUAUUCUGUCUAUAAUAUCAGUAUUGAAAGACCAGCAGAUUGCCCUUUUUCCUCCCUACUUCACCGUUUCCCUAAAAUUCUUAAGCCGUCGUACAACAUCGAG